AUGGCUCCCUCAAGAGGCACUAAGCGCAACAGUGCCACUGCAUUUGGCUCGCCAAAGCUGGCCACAGACGGUCAGACGGUGCUGCAGCGCCAUCGUAACGGAGCUCCGACGGCAAAAACCAACAACAAGAACAUCGACUUCGACGCCACCACUCCGCGCGAAACGCAUAAGCGCGAGCAGCGGAAGCAGAAUGAACACCCAGACCGUCAUAAUCAGCCGGGGCUGAAACAACAAGCAGCCACGCUGCUGGCCACGCGGAAACAAUUGCCCAUCUGGUCUCACGCCUCCAGCAUCCGCGCCGCCCUCUCCGCCAACGACGUCCUUCUCCUUGUCGGCGAAACCGGCUCUGGCAAGUCCACGCAGGUGCCGCAGUUUCUCGUCGAAGAGCGCUGGUGCCGUCGGCGGCGCGUUCAGUUGCCUGGCGGCGGAGUGGGGAAGGAGGAAGAAGAGGUUGGUGGGUGUAUCGCGAUCACGCAGCCGAGGAGGGUGGCGGCCGUGAGCUUGGCGAAGAGGGUGGCGGAGGAGAUGGGAACGACGGUGGGUGGGAAGGCGGGGGAGGUGGGGUACGAGGUGCGGUUUGAGCGGAGGGUCGGGGAGCGGGUGCGGGUGAAGUUUCUGACUGAGGGGAUGUUGCUGAUGGAGAUGUUGAGGGAUCCGGCGCUAAAGCGGUAUAGUUGUGUGGUGGUGGAUGAGGUGCAUGAGAGGGGAGUGGGAGUUGAUUUAUGUUUGGGGUUUCUGCGGCAGUUGGUUAGGGGUGAGGGAGAGGCUGUCAAGGGCCGAGGGGGCGCGCCGCUCAAGGUCGUGGUGAUGAGUGCGACGGCUGAUAUGGAGGGUUUGGAGAGGUUCUUUGACGGCAACGUGAACAAGAAAGAUGAGAAAGAGAAGCAGCAAGACGUGUCGAACGGGUCUGUGGAUGGUGUCAAGGGGCAGCAAAACGAGACUUGGAAUGGAUUAUCGGACGACGAAUCAUCGGCUACACAUAUCGCGACGAAAGUCACUAGUCUACGGAUACCUGGCCGACUGCAUCCCGUCACAGUCAACUAUCUCCCGCAGCCCACACCCGAUAUCAUUUCCGCUGCCCUCGACCGAAUAACCCACAUCCACACGCACAGCCCACUACCUGGGGACGUUCUCGUUUUCCUCCCCGGUCAGGAGACCAUUGAGUCUCUGCUGUCCCUUCUCACCACCUACGCCAGCACACUCGAGAAGAAUGCGAAAGAGAACCCAAAAGCUCCAGCCAUUCCAGCGCUUCUACUGCUGCCGCUCUAUGCUGCGCUGCCGCCUCAUCAGCAACAGCUUGUCUUCCUGCCCACGCCCAAAUUCACCCGCAAGAUUAUCCUCUCCACCAACAUCGCCGAGACGUCACUCACAGUCCCCGGCGUCCGCCACGUCAUCGAUUCCGGCCUCUCCAAGCAACGUCUCUUCCGGCCGUCCCUCAACAUCGACUCUCUGCUCACGACGCCCAUUUCCCGGUCGUCAGCGGCGCAACGGGCGGGGCGAGCUGGUCGUGACGCACCCGGCACAGCGUGGCGGCUCUACACGGAGAAGAAUUACUACGAGCUGAAGCAGGAUACAGAACCAGAGGUUCUGCGAUGUGAUCUGAGCCAGUUGGUGCUGACUCUCAAGGCACAUGGGGUCAAAAGUCUGAGGGAGUGGAAGAUGCUGUCGAAGCCGCCAAAGAGGGGUCUAGAAAGAGCGUUUGUCGGGCUUCUGGGCAUCGGGGCGUUGGACGAAGGGGCGGGAAAUGUCACUGGAGUGGGCAAGCAGAUGAGUCUCUUGCCGCUGCCAGGCAACCUGGCCAGGGUGUUGUUGGCAAGCGUGAGAUGGGGAUGUGUGGAUCAAAUCGUGGACAUUGUCGCUUCGUUGUCUGUGGAGAACAUUUUUGUGAAUAUCCACGAGGGGAGGGGGCGAGGUAGCGGCAACGGCGAGGAGAGCGAGGACGAGGGGCCUUCAGACCCGAGGCUGGUUCUGAGGUCCAAAUUAUAUCGAAGAGAAGGCGACCACCUCACGCUAUUGGCUGCUGUUCAGGCAUACGUGGAGGAGAAUAGUGACCGCAAGCGAUGGUGCAGCGAGCGAGGCAUCAGCCACAGAGCCAUGCAGGGUGCCCUGGACGUCAGGAAGCAGCUCAGCGGUAUUUUGGCUCGCCAGCGAGAUACGUCAGGGUCUUCGAAAAAUGGCAGCAAUCCUCCUGACGGCAAAGCCACAAUCGUCUCGACACCAGCCGUGGAAGUCACGGAUCUCAAUACGAGGAUCCUCAAGUGCCUGCUCACCGGCCUGCACCCGAACGUCGCGCGUCUGGCGUCUCCUGCGGCCAAUGCCACCACAAAGACAAACAAGAAGCAGCCUGAAAGCAUGGCAGGGCCACCUUCCUACCUCACUAUCGCCACAAAUCAGCCGGUCAGCAUUCAUCCAAGCUCGGUACUCUUUGGGCGACGCGUGGAGGCGGUGAUGAGCAGUGAGUUUGUCUUCACUACCAAGAGUUACGCCAGGUGCGUCAGUGCCGUAGAGCUGGGGUGGGUGCGAGAAGCCCAGGAAGCAGCUCUGAAGGAUAUCUGA